UACGCCUCCACUCGUUUCCUUCUCCCUUCGCUUCUCUUCUCGGCUUCUCCCCCAUUUCAAAACCCCAAACCCCCCAAGCUCCUCCUCCUCUCCCUCCUCUCCCUGCCCUCCUAAACCCUACCCAAUUUUCCUCUCCUCCAUCGAUCGAUCGAUCGCUCGCUCGCUCGCCCAUCGCCAUGGCGGAGGAGCUCCCCUUCCCCGCUAACAUCGAAGUGAUGCGCCACACGCCGCGGUUCAAGCUCAUGCAGGCGGCAUUCCACGGCGACCUCCGCGGCUUGAAGCGGCAGGCGAAGAUUCUGGAUAUGGGGAGGGGCCGCCUGAGGAAGGCCGUAGAGGAUGUGAGGGUGGAAGGCGUGCCGGGCGAGGAAGGUACAGGGGUGCUGCAUAUGGCUGCCUCCCAUGGCCACAUGGAGAUGUGCAAGUACCUGGUCGAAACGCUUCAGGUGGAUGUGGAUGAUGCGGAUGACAAAGGUAGAACAUCUCUACUUAAGGCGGUACAUUCUGGGCAUCGGGGAAUUGCCAAGUAUCUUCUUAAUCAUGACGCCAAUCCAGACCUAGCCAUGUGCUGUGGGCUUACCCCUCUACAUUCUGCCGCUGGAUUAGGUGAUUGUGAGUCCGUAAAACUAUUGCUUGCAAAAGGAGCUUAUGUUGACCCAAUGUCUACUUUUGGGACACCACUUCAUCUUGCUGCUAAAGAAGGGCAGGAUGGCACCAUGAAGAUAUUGUUGGACAACAAUGCAGAUUGCAACAAGAUGGUAAACGGUAUAACACCUCUCCUCCUUGCUAUGAAAGCUGCAUCAGCAAAAUGUAUGGAGCUGCUGGUUGAGGCUGGAGCUGAUGCUACUUACUCUGAUGUCAUCUGGAAUUAUAUGUCAACUACUUUUAUGGAUGAUGAAGAUAGUGGUUCAUCUGUGUUCUCGGAUUCUGAACCAGAAGAGAUUGAUGCCAAUCACCAUAUUCCCGUCAAUGACAAACCUGUGAAUCGAAGGAAAAUUGCAGAGUUUAAGUCGUUAGGGCUUGAGGCAGUUGAGAAGAAGGAUUAUCUUUCUGCAGCAGGAUUCUACAGUGAGGCCAUGGACCUUGACCCUGAUGAUGCAACCCUGCUGUCCAAUAGGAGCCUUUGCUGGCUUUAUCUGGGUGAAGGAGGCAAGGCUUUGGUGGAUGCUCAUAAAUGCAGAAAAAUGCGGCCUGACUGGCCAAAGGCCUGCUACCGUCAGGGUGCAGCUUUAAUGUUACUGAAGGACUAUGUGAGCGCGUGUGAAGCACUUUUUGAUGGAUUCAAGUUGGAUCCUGAGGACGUUGAGAUUGAAAAUGCAUUACGGGAAGCUCUAGAGUUCUUGAAGGUGUCUCAAAGCACUUCGGCUAACUGAACUGUAUGGGUUUUGCAGCGGAUGUUCUGGUUCAUGUUUUACCUUUCCACAAGGCUCUUUUGGCAUUGAAUCCCUGAACUGGUUCCCUUUCGUAAGUUGAAUGGCGAGUCGGUGACUAUCGCAGAAGUUUCAUUGUGCUAACUCGAACUGACAGUGAGACAUCUGAGAGUACUUUUUGCUGCAUCUGUGUGAUGCCCCAUUAUAAUGUCUAUGUAAACAUACCGAACUACUGUUACGUCAUUUUGUUGAUCACUGAUUAUGUGCAUCGGUGCUUCCUAGAUAGCAACUGCUGUUCUGCAGAGUAUAUCCCCUCCGAUAAAAAUAAUAAUAAUCAAAGAUGGAAUGUGACCCUUUCAGUGUAACGAAUUCAUUGUACUAAGAGGAUCACACCGCUCUUAGGUGGGGUCUUUUUGGACGGAGGGAGUACUAGACAAGCACAAUAUGACUGCGAGAUGGUAAUGGAUUUUCAUUUGUUGCA